AUGUCAAAGAAAUAUCUUGAUGAGGCCGUCGAUUCGUAUUUCACUGAUACUCCGCCGUCAGAAUGGUCAUACCUGGGUUUUUUAGAAGCAUUAAAAUCAACAUGGAUGUCCACUGAUAGAUACAUAUCAUUCGCCGAGAACUCAGCAUUACGAAAACGAUACUGUAAUUUCCUAAGAAUUCUCUCUGAGGAACGAGAUAGUGAGCGAGGUAGAACUGCGACUUUACUGUUACAGAAGGUGCGUAAUCUUUUAUCUCCCCUCUUUUCUGAAUCAGGAGUUGUACAGCCUCGGAGGGGUGCCGUUCCUACUCCGAGUAUGACAUUGUUCAUAAUUGUAAUUGUAAAUCUUCUAAAUGGGCUAGUCGUAAAAUUAACCUUUUUUUGUAAGGACGAAACGCGUGGGGUAAAGGAAUUCUGGGAAUGCGUCAAUCUUGAUAAAAAAGUGACAAAAGAACGGAUCACUAUUAAGAAGAAAACAGAAUUAGACGCAUUAAAGGUGCUUGAAUCCGCUCGGACCAAUGAAGCGGACGGUCUAGUUGACCAGUUCAACAUCGAGAGGAAGCAAAAGAAAUUUCAAUUAACCACCGAUUUAUCUGAUCAUAAAGUAGAAAAUGACGAUUACAACAAAGAUAAUGUAGAAAAUAAUAAGACGGGUCCGUUCCCUCUCACUGAGAUGAUUGAGCAGACAUUUAAUGGUAUGAAAAAGGAGAGAAUGUGGAGACUUUCAACAGGAAAAUAUGUCGAGGAAGAAUUAUUCGAAUUGGGGAAGAAGUUAAUAUUUGAGCAUGCCGUUCAUUCCUUUAUUUUGGAUGUCGAUGACGGGAUAAUUUUCCAGCAUUUCAGCGAGGCAGAACUAGAUGAAAUUGAUUGCACUCCUGGCCCACAGGUACCCGAGCUCUCAGAAGAAAUCACUGGAUUUCUAAACAAAUUCGCUGGCAAGUUUGCUUUGAUAUAUCUAACAGGAGAACGGCGGAAAAUGGGUCGCAGGAUUGAUUGGAUCUUAAGAUCUAUUAGUAAUGGCGAUAGAGAUGAGUUCGGAGCUGGGGAAGCCGGAAAAAGUUGGGUGGAUAAAAAUGGAACGAAGUUUCUCAAGGAGGCGGGAUUGAAGCUACCUAAGACACUCAAGGAUAUGUUAGUAAAGUUGAUGGAGAAGGCAGGUUGGGAUGAAGAAAGUCGUGCAAAAAUUCAAACGAUUGGAAUAAUUCACGCUGGUUUGAUGAUUAUGACGGUCUGCCUGGACAACCCAAAAGGCUACAUCUGUAGGGUGCAACGUGGUGAACUAAUGGAAGUUCCGGAUAAUGCAGAAAAUUUUCCUUACAUCCUCACAAUUCUUGCAUCUGUUCUGAUCAUCAAGGGCCGGGUUUCGAAACGACCUCUAGACAAAAAUGAGGACCGAAUAUCUCCGUGUUUAUCAACUCCGAAGAAGGCUAAAGUAUGUGCAGAAGCAUAUACCGAGCAAUCAUAUCCAUCAUCCCCGUGUCCUGGAUCAUCAUCGCAAUGUUCUGAUUUAUUCUCAUACUUGGAAUAG